UUUUCUUUAAAAAGUCAAGUCUUCACUGGAAAUAAACCACAAAUUGAUAGCCAAGCGAAGAAGCGUAAAAUAAAGAGAAUGAAUGAAUUAAUCACAAAUAAGCGUUCAGCUCAAAUAUAG